AUGCUCCUGCCUGCAGAGGAAGGGGGCAACCCCAAGAGCUCAGGGAUCCCUGUGCCAGUGCCGGAUAUUGAUGGCUUUGGGGGCCUUUCUACUGAUACUCAAGUACUUUUAGGGGCCCGAGGCGAGUGUCUGGGGGGCCCCAUGAAGAGACCAAAGUCUGGAGUGGAGGGUUCCCCCCACAGCAGCAACUCCCUUGCUACUGAAGCACGUGCCAGCCCUUCAUCAUCAACUACAGCAUCAGAAGUAACGUAUGGAACUGCAAUGGAUGAGAGAACAGCCGAAGCAGCAGCAUCUGGAGCAGCAGCAAGGGCAGCCUCUGAAGCAACAGCAGAAGCAAAAGGAGCGGCAGCAUCAGGUCCAGCAGCAGCAGCGCCAGAGGGCGAGGUCUUGAGCCGCAACCGUAUCAACAGCGGCAGGCAUGGGAAACGGAUUGCGUGUCCUAUGGACAGCAGUCACUCCAUCUACGCCCAGCGGCUCCAGGCCCACCUGAAGAAGUGCACGAAGGCAAGAGACAUCGCCUUCUCGCACUGUCUGCCCUUCAUGCAACCCGGAGCUAACUUACCACAGCGGCAGAAGCCUGACAAUCCGGAAGAACAACAGCAGCAGCAGCAGGAACAUUCGCAGCAGCAGCACCAGCAGCAGCAUGAGAACUACGUGGACAGCCCGGAGAUAGCAGCUGCCCUCACUUCGGAAUUCGAGGCCAAGAUAACCGACGCUUACAGAUAUGCCCUGUCGUAUUUAAAGAAUAACCCCCCAAUAGAGGCAGUAGCAGCAGCAACGACAGCAGCAAGGGCCCCAGCAACAACGAAAGCAGUGGCAGCUGGGUUGGCUCCGUGGGAGCCUCUGGGAAAACUACCUGCCUCACUAUUCAUAUCCAACUGCUGCAGCAGAGGGAUUGAAGGGGGCGAUAGCAAAAGCGAAGAAGAACCGUUGCUGCUGCUGCGAGCAGCAGCAGAUGCAUGCAAAGUGCCGCUGGACACGGGUACUGCAGCAACGAAGGGGCCUCCCUUAGCAUCGGUGGAAGCCGACUUGAAGAAUGCUUUGCUGGUGCCUCAACAAGAUCGAUCAGCCGCACUGUUGCAGGUGCUGCAACACCUGCAGAAGCGAUUUAAUAAACAUCAGAAGCAGCUGCUACAGCUCUUGGCUCUGUGUCUUCUGCACAACCACCUGCACUAUUCAAGCAUUGACGAAACACUUAUCGUAGAACUGGGGGCUGGCAAAGGCGACCUGACGCGGUGGCUCUGCUGCUGGUCAGCAGCUGCUGCUGCGGUGACUGCACCGCGCGAGCCAGCAGCAGCACCAAUUUUAGCAGCAGCGGCAGCAUCUGCAUCGGGAGCAGCAGGUUGCCCGCAUGUACCAAAGGAAUCGGAAAGGGCGUCUCUGGGGGCUCCAAAACGGCACAGAGGCGUUCGCUGCAUUGUCGUCGACCGUGAGGCGCGGCGUUAUUGCAAGGAGGCCAAGGACAAGACGUUUCGCAAUCCCAAUGCCCCCCGACCGCUGCAUCCUGCUGCUGUUGCUGCUGCUGAGCGACGCAAGGCUGCUGCUGCCACAGCCGCGGAAACAGCGAUGGAGAACAGUAGCAUGUUAAAUCCACUGGCUGGAGAGCUGGAAACCACAUGGCCAGCUACGCGUACGCUGGCCUGCACAGCAUGCGCGCGCACAGCUGGCGCAGCUGCUGCUGGAAGCGCUCCAGAGGCCACUGCUAGCCAGACCCCUGCGACCUGUGGCGUCGCUGCGAGCUGCGCCAAACCCGGAGACAGCAGUGGCUGCGAGGCGGUUCUCCCAGUGCCUCCAGUUCGCCUGCGAAUGGACAUUGCGGAUUUCUCUCUAGUGGCGCUGGUCAAGUAUAUCAGGCCGCAUAUUCCGGGUUUUUUCAAGAAGCUCUUUGAAUACGGCUGCCGAUUCGCAGCACCAGGGGCUGGAGAGGAGCAAGAGGGGGCAGAGGAAAGACGUGGUGGCACACGCAAGGCGAUUAAGGCGGGAGGGCCUUCAUUAGCACAGGCGGCAGCGACUACUAAGGUUACACAGAAGGAGGCAACCCGCGCUGCCACGCGAGGAGUGAGGCCAAGGAUCCUGCGCUGCAUUGAGGAUGGCAGUGCCGAGGACUUCUUCGCUGUUGCCCAGUCUUUGGGGGAAGGCGGGGGGCCGAACAUGAAGAAGAUCGACGACAUCCUGAGGGAGCAUUUCAGGGGCAGAUGCAUCUCGAAUGUACUCGGCGUUGCUAAGCACUUGUGCGGCGAAGGUUCUGACGUUGCCCUGCGCCUGUUUUUGGAUUUUGGAAUUAUGGGGACGAUCGCAGAUGCUUUGCGUCGGCGCGAGACACUGCGGACUCAAGAUUCAAGUUUUGCAUUUGCAUUGCCACGUGUUGCCACCAUCGGGUAUGUAACAGUGCGCCCCGAAGGCGCUGAGAUUCUUCAUAGUGUGUAUGGCUGCCCGGUUGGAUGCACGACGGAGUCGUUUGUUGGGACGCAGUUUCUUCUCAGCCGAGGCUUCACGCUGACGGAAAUAGCUUUCCUCUUUUCACUCUCCGGGUGGGCUACUGGGACAGCCGACAGAAGGCGCGAAAUCGGGAAUAUGGUGAAGAGGAUCUUAGAUAUUUCCAGAGUCUGGUGGCUGCGACAGAAAGGCUUCACGGCAGCUACCCUCCAACAGUUCGUCGAAUCGGAAGAAACUCCAGAGUGCUUUGCCAUAGUUGCCCAUUCCCACUCAGGAUCUCUGCGCGAGUGA